AAAAAAAUUCAUUUUGUUGGCGAGUCUUCGCGCCGCUUGCCGUCUAUAGUAGACUACAGGGCUAAUCUAGCGCCACCAUGCGGGCAGCGCUAGGUAUUCACGCGUGCUCUUCAAAGUACUCACUCUCGUGCCGACCGCUCUCGAAGCAACAGCUCCGUCGCCCGAGUUAUAUAUAUAAGAAGAAAAUAAAGAGAGUUAUAACAGAAUAUUAGAGCCUUGUUUAAUUACGAGUUCUCCUCACCAACCAUCCAACUAGGAUUGCUCUAACAGGUUGUGGGCCAGCUCGCUGGAAUAGAGGAAGAACCGAGAAGAAGACGACUCAGAAGUUUUUAUUUUUAUCUUUGUUCAGAGGAAAAUAAAUCAGACGUAUCAGAGGUCUAGAGGACAAAUUUCAGAAGAAAACAGGAAAAGAACAUCAGAAGCGUUAUGUCUGAUUGGAGUCUUUCAGACCCAUUACCAUCAAAUGAGAAAGAGGUGGCCAACGAAGGCAACGAAAAUCAAGUGGACGAUCAUUUGAAUAUCCACCAAGAUUCAGAUAUAGAAGGGUAUACACCCCCGGGUACACCCCCAAAAAGAGAUAUGUAGGGAAAGUCUCAACCUACUGACUCACAAAUGGAGUGGAGAAUGGAUAAUCUGGAGAAUGCUCUCGAGAGACACUCCGAUAUACUCGACAAUCAUGCUGAAAUAAUCAGAGAUCAAACAGUAGCCAUACUCGAUAUGAAGGAAAAUAUUGACAACCUAAACACCGUCAUACAGAAACUCACAGAACAAAUAGGAAAAUUAACUUCAGAGGUAAUUAUCCACCCUGCCAGUUCCACACUCAGAGACAUAAGUGAGACAGAGUUUAGUAACAAUAUCAAUUCAACAAACUUAUCAGACGGAACAAGCGCAUUAGGCGACCUCAGCAGAGCUUGUAAUGAACUCAGACGAUCUAUUGCCCUAAACGCAACUAAUUCAAAAAUAAACAUAAAGAGAAAUUAUAAAUUAACAAAAAAAGUACCACUUAACAUUUGGUUAGACAAUAUAAAUGCUGAAUUAAAAGCUAAUAAUCUUGCAGACAUACUUGACGAUUCUCAACAAUCAGACGUUUCAGAGACAGUAAUAGAAAGACAAAACAGAAAAGACCAAGUCAGAGACAUUCUAAUAAGUCGCGUAGAUGAUUAUUACCAUAAUAAGAUUUUACAAAUAAAAGACCCAUUAGAAAUAGUGAUUAAAAUCAAAGAGUUCAGACGAGCAGAGGCCAAUGUUACCGAUUCUUCAGUCAGAGAAAAAUUAUAUAGUCUCAAAAUGAACAAUAGAGAAUCAGUAAACGAAUUUUGCGAUCGUUUUGACUCUAUUAUCAGAGAUUUUGAAAAUUGUAUUACCAAAACACCUCUGACGGAGGAAGAGAUAAGAUCGGCCUUCUUUCAAGCUGUUAGUAUAAAAUUUAAAGAAAUCAGAUCGACCAAUAUUAUCAGACUUCAAGCAACCAAAUCAGAGAUGAGCCUUGAUGACAUAAAAACUUUGAUACUACAGCUGGAAUCAGACAGACGCAAAUCAGACGGUCAGCCUUCAGACGACAGGCAAAAAAUUGCAGCUAAACAGGCGAUAAUCACAGACAAGUGUUAUCGCUGCAAUAAGGUGGGACACAGAGCAGCCUUUUGUCCUCUUAAAGAGUACAAUCUAUGGUACUGCUUUUAUUGCCAGGCUGUAGCUCCACACAAAGGGGAUAAUUGUCCAAAUAAGGACAAUCCCAAAGAUGGAUACAGGAAACCAAGGAGAAACUAAUUCAGAGUAAAGUUCAGAGAAUAAAAAACGCAGACGUACAGGAGGACAAGCGCCCCGAAGGGAGGGAGUGUUGGCGAGUCUUCGCGCCGCUUGCCGUCUAUAGUAGACUACAGGGCUAAUCUAGCGCCACCAUGCGGGCAGCGCUAGGUAUUCACGCGUGCUCUUCAAAGUACUCACUCUCCUGCCGACCGCUCUCGAAGCAACAGCUCCGUCGCCCGAGUUAUAUAUAUAAGAAGAAAAUAAAGAGAGUUAUAACAGAAUAUUAGAGCCUUGUUUAAUUACGAGUUCUCCUCACCAACCAUCCAACUAGGAUUACUCUAACACAUUUAGCAGCAUAUUCUGCUGUUCCAUGGUACCACUUCGGUUGAUUGAUAAAACUACGAAAACAGUUCAUUGGAGAAAUCCUCGGCCAUUAUCGAUUAAACUUUGUCGACCAAUAACAAUUUCUUAUGAAAAAGAAACUGAUGAGCUUUGCAAAAAUCAAGAAAGAGAUAUAAUGGCUCAGAUUCAAGAAUUGCAGGAUGUUUUUAUAGCUGGUUGUACUGUCCAAUUUGAAAUGAUAUUGACGAUGAUUGACGGAAAGGUUGUGAAAUCAAACACCCAGCUGGAAAUGAUUAUUAUAUAUUUAUAUUAUCAUAUAUAUGUGUGUGUAUGUAUGUA